ACUUCUUCAACAGAUCCAGAAUAUUGCGAUGUGGCGCUUUUAGCUUUACGUAAUUCAAAUGAAAUUGAUUACUUCGAUCCUGUCCGAAACCAUUGUUUACCUGCCGAAAUAUAUUUGAAAACUAUUACUGGGUGGGUUCUUAGGAUAGACGAUACUGGUCCAUUUAAACUUGAUCAUAUUGUUGCCUGUCGAUU